AUGUUAUCCAAAACUUCCAUUAUUAUUUUCAUGUGCUGUAUUGCAUAUGCAUUAUCACAAACCUAUAAGGAAGUAACAUAUACUGAUUGUGGAUCAAAAAAUGUUCGAAUCAGUCGAUUGUCGUAUAAACCUAUGCCUAUUGUUCAACCAGGAACUGGAACACUUUCAUUCGCCGUUGCAGCUACUGAAAGAAUUCAAGGUGUCAUUAAAGCUAAAAUUGAUAUAAAACGUAAAGUUGGUGGCAUUGCAUUACCGGUUUCAUGUUAUAUUGUUCAAGGUGAACAGGUUGGCUCAUGCACAUAUCCAGAUUUUUGCGCUUUACUGAAACGAGUUUUCAAAUAUGAAGUCCAUAAUUGCCCAGCAAAACUUGUUCAAAAUGGUAUUAAUUGCAAUUGUCCAAUAAGUUUAGCACGAAAUGAUCUUGAUAUUGAAAUGGACGUCACUUUGCCUUCAGCACCAGAAUAUGCAUCAUGGUUAAGUGUUGGUGAUUUUGAUAUUAAACUUCAAGCAAGUGUUGGUCAAAUUGAAGCUUGUUAUGACAUGAAAUUUGCAGUUAAACCUGCCGGAAGACCUUAA